GGCCGAAUAGCCUCGAAACCCAAUUGCACCUCUGCGCUGUAUUUUCCUGUUGUUUUCUCUCUGGUUCUUUUUACUUUUCUCCUGGUUGAAAUACACUCUGCUAUCGCUUUUUCCUAAAAUCCAGAUUGCUCGCAGGGACCGUGGCUGCCAUGGCGGCUGCUAUGCACCGGCCAGCGGAGGAUACCUUUGACAUCCACGAAGAUGCCAGAACAGAAGAUACAGAGGUCAUGGUUGACGAGGAGGAUAUAAAUGACCAGGAUGCCACAACCAUUGGCGAGCCGGAAGAAGAAGAGGUGGUCGAAGAGGUGAUUGAAGAGGAAGAGGCAGACGAGAGCUCCGAGGACGAGCAUGUUGAAUCCAGCGUGCAGGCCGAUAUGGACCGGCUACAGGAAGAUUUCCCCGGCUUUCGAGAUCGCUAUAAGCUGAUCAAGCGCAUCGGAGAAGGCACAUUCUCUACCGUCUUCAAGGCCGAAGACAUCCACUACGAUCGAUACGACAACAGCUGGGACUACGAAGACGACUUGUCUAAAUGGACUCCCCCCCCUCUCAAGGGCCGCUCGAAUGGGUCUCGCUCUCCGCGGAAGCGAACGCGUUAUGUAGCCAUCAAGAAGAUUUACGUCACAUCCAGCCCGGCCCGAAUCCUCAACGAGCUUGAGCUAUUACACGAUUUACGACAAUGCGCAUCUGUCUGCCCUCUCAUCACGGCCUUUCGUCACACCGACCAGGUUGUUGCCAUUCUUCCAUAUUUCCGCCACGGCGACUUUCGAGCGUACUUUAGGGAGAUGACAGUCCCUGAUAUUGCCAUAUAUCUUCGCUCACUGUUCACUGCGCUCAAGAGCGUGCACGAGCAUAAAAUUCUACAUCGAGACAUUAAGCCAACCAAUUUUCUCUACGACCCGACAACCCAGCAUGGCGUCCUCGUAGACUUUGGAUUGGCUGAACGGGCGGGCACAGAUAACAAACCGUGCCUCUGUCACGAGGCGAGAGAAACGCGGAAACAUCGCCAGGCAAGCUCUGCCUGGGCACAGACAUCGAUGACUACACAGCCGGGCUACCCUAAAUCAGAUACUCGUCCCUCCCGGCGGGCCAACCGUGCGGGUACUCGAGGGUUCCGCGCCCCUGAAGUGCUGUUCAAGUGUACGGAGCAAACCCCGGCAAUCGACAUCUGGUCUGCUGGCGUCAUACUUCUCACGAUCUUGUCAAAGCGGUUCCCCUUCUUCAACUCUGCUGAUGACGUCGAGGCAAUGAUUGAGAUUGCGACAAUCUUUGGAUCGCGGCGGAUGAAGGCAGCUGGGCUUCUGCACGGCUGUGUCUUCGAGACAACUAUUCCCACGAUUGGCCAGCAGGGCUUCACUAUGGAGAAGAUUAUCUUGUGGAGCACAUGCAGGGCCGAGGACAAGCCUUUGACUACUGACGAGAAGCUUGCGAUCCGAUUCCUCGAACGAUGCAUGGAACUAGACCCAAGCCGACGAAUCACGGCACAAGAGGCUCUGGAACACGAGUUUCUAAACAUAGGACUAGCUUCUCAUGAAACCACUGAUGAAGACGAGGUCGACAUGCUGCCUGCAUGAAAGAUUACCGACUUGGCAUAACCUAAUAAUUACGAGCGUAUGCAUAGGGGAUUAUCAUGAUGACACGAGCAAUGGAAGUUAGGGAUAGGCAAGGGUUAACAUGUACUGUACUAGAUCAUGUAUGCUAUAAUGGGGGCUGAUAUCGGCGUUUUGGAGCAUUACAUCAACUCUGCGAGCUAGACCAUGGCUGAAUCUGAGGCCAGAUUCUUAGUUGUAACAAUUCCUCCCAAUCUCUUUCCUCGCAUCACUUUAGUAUCAUCAGCCCUCCCGCAGAGACUUUUGAUGCCGACGCACCAGUCUUAACUCAUUUUGCACAGCAGAAGUCGAGUAUCCAGAGCAUGGGCGAAUUUUUGAUUUUUCAUUCGUUAAACAAAACUCCGUUAUAGAGUUCCCUGAUGCAAUGCUCGUAGCCGAACAGCCCAAUCCCUCCCCAGAGACCUUUGUCUCGGUAUACAUGGGGCGAAGAUCCAUUUUUCCACCGUUUGAAAAACCCGGUUCCAAAUCCACAAGCCUUACUCCAGCACAGCGUAAUGCAUUUAUGCCACCAGCUCUACAACACCACCAGCCUCCUUGAUCUUCUGCUCAGCCAGCUUGCUGACCCAUCUUGCGCGGACAACCAGGGGGAUUUCGGGGAUGCGGCCCUUGCCGAGCAGCUUGGAGUAGCCGAGAGGGAGAAGGUCGAGGACGGGGACGGUGUCCUUCUUCUCGCCGGAGACGUAGGCAUCGCGGGUC